UUGUGCAAUGAAGAACUAACAUCCAUUUUACAUAUUCACUCAUCUUCCUCUCCAAAUAAAUCCAUUAACUAUUUUACCAUCUAAAUUUUCCUACAUUUGGUAUCAAGAGCUAAUUAAAACCAAGACCUCCAAACAACCUAAACACAUUAACCAACGUACUCCACAAUAAAAUAAACCUCUAACCAUACAAUAAAAAUUUGACCUCAACCAUUAAUUACCCCCAAGUUAAUUGGGUUCCCACAUUUAAGGGAGAAAAAAUAUGAACAAUGGGCUAUGCAAAUGAGGUCAAUAUUUAUCUCCCAAGAUUUAUGGGAAUUAGUACAAGAAAGUUACGAGCAACCACCCAAAGAUGACACUAAAGAGUCAUCUUGGGAUGAAAAAAAAAUAAAACAAUAUAAACAAAAUAGGAUAAGGGAUAACUAUGCCCUAUCCCUAUUAUAUCGUGGAGUUGACGAGGCAAUACUUACAACGAUCAUGCCUGCAAAAACAGCUACGGAGGCUUGGAGGAUCCUGGAGACAAAAUACAGAGGUUCCGAAGAGGUAUUGUGUAGAUGGUCGUCCCAUUGUUGACGAUGAUGAAGCUGUUUGGUCCUGUGAGGAAUGUGUUCCUAGAAAGUCCAAGUCCACUCUAGUUUCUAGGAAGAGUGAACGCAUAAACUUACAAGCAAAUCGAGAGGCGCUGCGAAGAAAAGCUAGAAAAAACUGGAAACAAAAUUCGAUUUCCCUAAAAGUUGUACAAUCAAAAUGUGCGGGAAACAUAGAUAAAAAGGUGGAUGAUGAGAAAUCUGACUUAGAUGAGAAUAAAUUGUAUAGUGAGAAAUGUGCUCCUAGAAAGCCUGAGCCCACUCUAGUCUCUAGGAAGAGUGAAUGCAUAAACUUACAAGCAAAUCGUUUGGGAAGCACGGCUAUAAAAGCAGGAGAUGAAAAGCCUAACUUGGAUGAGAAUACAUCACGUUCUAAUAAUGCAUUUAACUGGGAUGAGGGGAAAGAUGAAACUGGCACAAGACAUCAAGGUAAGUUAAAAGAAAAUGAAAUUACACGAUAUACACUUUGUACAACGGUGGCAGGUUCUGAACUAGCUCCUCUAAUAAGGAAAAAGAGAACUGUUUUCAACUCAGAUGAUGCCUCGAACAAGAAAUCUUCCGAACCUUCAAUGUUAACAGGCCAGAAGACCGAUAAUUUAAAUUCCUUUAAGGUUAUUGAUGAUAAAAAGCUACAUAAAAAGCUGGAGAAUGUUUAUAAACAUUCACAGACAGAGCUAGACAAUGUCGUUGAAAAUCUACAGGCAAAGCUGGUGAAUGUUGAUGAUCAAAAUCUACGGACGAGGCUGGAGACAGUUGAUGAUCAAAGUGUUAAGACAAAGCCUGAGAAUGUUGAUGAAAUUAUGCAGAUUGUUGAUGAUGUGAAAUCACAGAAUAAGCUGGAGAAUGGUCGUGAUGAUUUACAGAAAAAGCCGGAGAUGACUUUGGGUCGUCAGCAGCUAACCAAAGAACCAGAAAUUAGUCUGGAGAUCAUGUCUAACAAUGAUGAUAUUGAACAAUCUCUUUCUGAAAUUAAUUCAAAUGUGCUAGAUGAACAGCAAGAAAAUAAGAGUUUUCCAGUUGUGGAGGAACCUGAUAGUUCAGGUUCUAUAACUUCCAACAACGAGGAAAUCAAAUCUCUUUCACAUUCUCAUGUCAAUAUUUAUAAAUUACCAGCACCUAGGAAGAGGAGGAGGUUAAUUAAUGAAAUGGACUUUUAUGAUUCCGAUGAAGAGUCGGUUUUAGCACAGGAUAAAGAUCCGCAGAUUGCAGCUGAAGUUGAAGGCAAUAUCCCCCUCCUGUCAACCAGGGAGUCUCCUGUUAUGAUAGGUGAAAAUGUCUCUGCAGACCAGUCGUUCAAAAAAUUUGAAGUUCGCUUCCCUACUCAACUAUAUCCUAUAAACUCAGAUAACAUCCAAACUCAAGCGUCUUCCCAGUACUUUUACAAUUGCUUCAUCAAUAAACGGGCACCUCCAAUUUUUACUAAUUAUAUCCCUGCUCAGCCAAUAAACAAUGCAGUAUGGAGGGGACAUUGUAGUGUUAGAAAUGAAGCGCAUUUGAGCAUCAGAAAUUAUGUGUGUCCUAUAUCUUUUGGAAUGGAGGCUCGUCUAUCAACCAAAGCUCAUGGAAACGUUCAUGGUGCUGCAAGUGCAUUGCCCAAUUCACUUAGCUUUGAGAUUGUGGAAAAGUGUUAUGCGUGGCCCAACAGGUUUAAGAGGUCCUCUCCCACGGGUGAUACAAUUGGUCUUUAUUUUUUUCCAGUGAAAGAAAGAGAUGAGGAGUCUUAUGAUUAUCUACUUGAGAAGAUGAUCGAGUGUGAUCUUGUAUUGAAGUGCCACAUCUUUGAUGUGGAACUAUUGGCUUUUUGCUCACAGGAGUUACCUCGAGAAGAAAGAAGAUUUCAAAGUAAGUAUUACCUGUGGGCUGUUUUUAAGAAAAGGCAAGAACCUUUGUUCACAAGAGGGGAGUCUGAUUUCCGAAUUAGUGGAACUGUGCAAGAGGGAAACACUGGUUGUGGUUCACUGGGCAAUUGCUCUACCUUCAAUUCCAGAAAUUCCCUCAUUCUCGAUGCUGCAAAAGCCAGUGUUAGAUCUUCAAAGAGAAAUAACGAUCAAAGAUCUUGGAAAUCUUACAAAUCUCAUACCAACUCACACGGUAGCAGAGAUCAUAAACAUAUGCAUUACGAAAGAGAUUGAAAUGCAUCUAAAAGAAGGUAUGAAUACAGACACAAAGGACAAAUAUUGGAAAAAGUCCCAUUAUAAGCGGUCUAGUCAUUCUCACGGACACAAGUAAAGUUUCUGCUUGUCAUUAAGCUAUUAUUUGUAGUAAUAGUUGAUUCCGCAAAAAUUAGGUGAUGGAAGCUUUGUGGUUUGCCCAAAUGGUAGCAAUAUGCAAUCACGCAACUGAGCCAAAUCUUUUUAAUGCCACAAGUUUAGCAAUGUCUCUUUUGUGGUUGAAUUAGGGCAACAAGCUAACAUUUACAUCGAUAACAAUUUGUUUUAUUUUGCUCUUGGUGGGGUAUAUAUGCAUACAUGAUACUAGACAUGAAAUUUGUUUUUGUCGUGGGCCGUGUUAGAUUGAACCAUGUACUUGGUCAGCGCACAAUGAUUGGUCAUCGAUAACAAUUUGUUAUAUUUUAUAACGUUAUACUCUGUUUAAUUCGCGUUAAUUGUUCCAUUUGGAUUUUAUACUCUAAUUAAUGCAUUUAUUCAAUC